CGGUUAACCGUUUCCACGGAGAAUCGCAGCAUUAUAGCAGCGCAAACUGGCGACGACGGCGUCUCGCUGGGUGCGAAGCUGUGAGAAUUUCAACAGUUCGCAGGAAGGGAUGAGAGAGAGAUGGCCACCACCUCCCCUUCCAUGCGUCUGAGCUUAUAAAAGAUAUAUCCAGUGCGGAUAAGCCAUUAGUGCAAGAGAACGAAGGAACGCAGCGUCGGCGUCGAGUGGGUCGUCACACAAAGCCAGAAGAUGGUCAGUUCACUGGAUGACACGGAACAAGUGAAAAUGCUCAAGAGGGCUUUCUCCAUGUUCGACUCCGCCAAGUCGGGAAGGAUCGAGAAGGAAAAAGUUCGGACGAUCCUGAACACCCUGGGGCACACUUUCGACGACCACGAGCUCGAGGUGCUGCUCAAGCAAGAGGACGACGACGGCAGCGGUAAAUUAAACUUCGACUCGUUCUUCCGGGUGGCCUCUCACUUCCAAGAGGAGGACGACGAGGCGCUGCAGAAGGAACUGAAAGAGGCUUUCAGGCUCUACGACAAGGAAGGCAACGGCUAUAUUCCCACCAGCUCUUUGCGGGAGAUCCUCGCCGCCCUUGACGACCAGAUAACGCCUGAUCAAAUGGACGGCAUGAUCGCUGAAAUUGAUACCGACGGCUCCGGCACUGUUGACUUUGACGAGUUCAUGGAGAUGAUGACCGGCGAUUAAACCUCAACACGGACUCAUUACCUCGGCGUGAAAGAAACGCUUGCAUUUUCUUUCAACGAUCCUGCAAUAUUGUCCGACGGCGCCGGCUCACCCACGACAAUUGGGAUCAGGAUCGAAGGAACAUCAUCGAACAUCGUUUCACCUGUACAUUUGCGCAUCAUGUAUCGACAUCGUUAAUUAAGUAUUCGAUUAAACGCUGUUUUCAAAGAUCGCACGUUAGAUGUUUUCAUUCGAAAUAAAAUAACGGUAUCAACUGUUUAAUGUUCAGAAAUUGAAGUAAAGUACAGAGAAUUGUGUACGCGAUCGAACAGAAAAUGACAGCAGCAGUUUAUCUUCAUUUUAAAACCGAAACAAUGAUUUGUGUCCAAGAAACUCAAACUUCUAAUAGAAGAAUGGCGACUAAAUCGAAAAUCGAUGAAACCUACGUGGUCUGCGGUGUGAAAAAUUCAAAUAAAAAUAAGGGAUUGGUUUCUACGUUAAAGUUCAUGCAACAGAGAGUCGACGUAGCCGCAUUUUUAUUACACCCGGCCAUGUGUGGCGAAUGGACAUACACAGCCGGGGAUCACGGUGCCACCUCGAGUCCAUCGGAAGCUGAGAAAAUAUUCGAAUCGGUUUCCUUUCUCGCGGCGGCGCGUGAAAAUAGGUCUCGCCUCGAAGUUUCGUCGGAUCGCCCUCGGUGCGCCUAAUAAUUUCCUGUCUCCUCGGAAGCGGGGGAAAGUUGCAGGGUAUAUUAAUCGAGAAUCUCUGGCGAGCAAAUCGCUGAGCGUGCAGGGGGCGCGUGUUCGAAUUCCGUGAAGGCCACUUAUUCGAUCAACUCGGGCAUCGACUCAUGGCAAGGUUCGAGGUUCGUGCUUUAUAGCUCCGUGGCGUGCAUGUAUCAUUCGGGUUAUCGAGCUUAUAGACAACGAUACCGCUUAGCUGGUAACUCGAUAGCAUCGAGCCGACGCGAACCGUCCAUUGAAAUUCCUUGCCUUUCCACCGAUAGCUGAAGUUUCGAGUGUAAAAUUCAGCAGAAUGUCAAGCAGCUCUUUGGCAGCGAGAUUCAACGACCGACGCAAAAUUGUGAUAGAAGGAGGGACACGAAAUACGAACACUUACACGGUUUAGAGAUCGUUUAAAUUUGCUGUUUUAGUUUACUACGGGUGAGAUGCUCAAGUGUUGUUUAUCAUAUGCUUUGGGUUGGCCAGAUAGUUCGUGCCAAUUUUUAAAAAAAACUCAAAGAUAUAUUCAGACCUGUACCACCUACCAAAAAUCGGUACGAACUUUCCAGAUAACCCAAUAGCUUGUGUAACAAGAAAGACUCAAGAACAAAUGUCCCUAUAACCCGUAAGACGAGAAAUGUACGGCAUCAUAAAGAGUUAAGCCUUAAGAGUUCUUUGAAGAGUUCUCAUUGUUUUAAUUUAUUACGGUCGAGGUACCCCGGUGUUGUUUAUAAUAGCUUCGUCGGAACGAAUGAACGUCCCUACAAACCACAAGGGAACGUACGGAAUGAAAUACACUUUUAUUUGCUCGCUACUUUUUUGAAAUCAAGAACAGUAAUUUUAUCUCGCGAAUGAACCACUCUGCUCGCAGACAAUGUUUCGAAAUCUCCUGAAUUUUCAGGUUCGUGAACGUUUCUCGCGGGGAUAAUACCCGCCAAGCGAACGGGUAGACUUAAACGUUCCUAUUCGUUUCCAGGUGAAAAUUUACGAUGAUCAUAAAUUGUCUUUUGCACGCCGUUUAAGGCGAGCGAAAUAGGAUCUCUAGCCUCGUUAAUAUUUCCAAAAGCUGUAUGCAUAAUGAGAGGGAUUCCAGCGGUAUCCAACGACAUUCUAUUACGAUAGAAAUUCCACUUCUUAUCCUUUAUAUACAUCCGAUGUAAAACGCAUCAUAUUUUUUAAAAACGAACGACCUUCAAAAACGUCCGUUCAACGUAACAGACUGCAAUAAAUACCAAAUAGUCGAAGAUAC